AUGGAUAUGGUGGUACAGGAUCCGAAGAAUAUACCAUUGGAAUUAUCUGCGGCCGCACAACCGGUAAAACUUGUCAAGUCUGAGGCAGAUCUGCAAAAAUGGCUACGUUCUGAAGCGUACUAUGAUUUGAUAGGAUUCAUCAAUGGAAUUAGCACGGCCAUUCAGGGGAAGAAAAUUUCAGAUGAUUUGUACGUUUCGCCACAAAUGGAAAAACUAUUGGAUAUAUUUGUAAAAUUAAAUAGUAUGGUCGAUGAGAUUCCACCCACUGACCAGCCGCAGCGUUUUGGAAACAAAGCUUUCCGCACAUGGUCCCGCAGAAUGAAUCACGAUAUAUUUCUAAUAUUACAAAAUUGUGUUCCGAGCGAUAAAUGCGCCCUUGUCACUGAGUUGGGAUUUUACCUUUCGGAAUCGUUUGGAAAUUCAGUCCGUAUUGACUACGGCACAGGGCAUGAACUGUCGUUUAUUUUCUUUAUGUGCUCGUUGUUCAAAGGCGGCAUUCUAGAGGAAAAGGACAAUGUUGCAUGUGCUCUACGUCUGUUCAACACCUACUUGAUAUUCGUAAGGCGCCUACAAAAAACCUACAGAAUGGAGCCUGCUGGUAGUCAGGGUGUAUGGUCGUUAGAUGAUUAUCAAUUUGUGCCGUUCAUUUGGGGCAGUGCCCAACUUGCUUUCCAAAGCCCUAUACCUCCUGAAAAAUUUUUGGACGAUGAAGUUAUAAAUACAAUGAAAGAUGAUUAUAUGUUUAUUGCAUGUAUUGACUUCAUUAGGCAGGUGAAAAAGGGUCAUUUUGCUGAACAUUCAUAUCAGUUAUGGAGCAUUUCGGCAGUACCUUCAUGGGCAAAAAUAAACUCGGGACUUGUUAAAAUGUAUCAAAAAGAAAUAUUGUCAAAAUUUCCUAUAAUACAACACGUUCUUUUUGGAACCCUGAUGUCAUUUAAUCCUGUGAAGCCUGGGACUAUGAUAUCAAGUGCACGUUUAGGAUUUAUACCACCCGCCCCUCCACAAAAAAUUGCGACAACAGGAAACGAUAAAGUUUCUGUAAAUGUAACGUCCGUAGAGAAGGGUGCCAAUAAAUAA